GCCUGAGGCCUCACUGAGAUAACUGGAGUCCCAGCCACUGUAGGGGCGGACGCUGGGGGGCGAGUGCGGGCUCGAGAUCAGGAGAAAGCGAGCUCACCACGCGCAGCGCCAUGACCAGCAAGGGUCCCGAGGACGAGCACCCAUCUGUGACGCUCUUUCGUCAGUACCUGCGCAUCCGCACCGUCCAGCCCAAGCCGGACUAUGGGGCUGCCGUGGCCUUCCUUGAGGAGAGAGCCCACCAGUUGGGCCUGAGCUGUCAGAAAGUGGAGGUGGCACCUGGCUAUGUGGUGACCGUGCUGACCUGGCCAGGCACCAACCCUGCACUCUCCUCCAUCUUGCUCAACUCUCACACGGAUGUGGUGCCUGUCUUCAAGGAACAUUGGAGUCAUGACCCCUUUGAGGCCUUCAAGGAUUCUGAGGGCUACAUUUAUGGCAGGGGCACCCAGGACAUGAAGUGUGUCAGCAUCCAGUACCUGGAGGCAGUCAGGAGGCUGAAGGUUGAAGGCCACUCUUUCCCUAGAACCAUCCACAUGACCUUUGUGCCUGAUGAGGAGAUUGGGGGUCACCACGGCAUGGAGCUGUUCGUGCAGCGGCCUGAGUUCCGGGCCCUGAGGGCUGGCUUCGCCCUGGAUGAGGGCCUCGCCAACCCCACUGAUGCCUACACUGUCUUUUAUAGCGAGCGCAGCGUCUGGUGGGUGCGGGUUACCAGCACUGGGAGGCCAGGCCACGGCUCGCGCUUCAUUGAGGACACGGCGGCAGAGAAGCUGCACAAGGUUGUGAGCUCGAUCCUGGCAUUCCGAGAGAAGGAAAGGCAGAGGCUGCAGUCAAACCCCCACCUGAAGGAGGGGGACGUGACCUCCGUGAACCUGACUAAGCUAGAGGGUGGCGUGGCCUAUAACGUGGUACCUGCUUCUAUGAGCGCUGGCUUUGACUUCCGCGUGGCACCGGAUGUGGAUCUAAAGGCUUUCGAGAAGCAGCUGCAUGCCUGGUGCCAGACAGCUGGCGAGGGGGUCACCUUGGAGUUUGUUCAGAAGUGGAUGAAGCCCCAAGUGACAUCUAUUGAUGACUCAGACCCCUGGUGGUCAGCUUUUAGCCGGGUCUUCAAGGACAUGAACCUCACUCUAGAGGCGGAGAUCUUCCCUGCUACCACAGACAGCCGCUAUCUCCGCGCGGUGGGGGUCCCAGCACUGGGCUUCUCACCCAUGAACCACACACCUGUGCUGCUGCACGACCAUGAUGAGCGGCUGCAUGAGGCGGUGUUCCUCCGUGGCAUCGACAUAUAUACACAGCUGCUGUCUGCCCUGGCCAGCGUACCUGCCCUGCCCAGUGACAGCUGAACCGCCAGGAUCCCCAACCUCUCCCCCUGGGGUUUCCAUCCCAACUAGAGCCAAAGACCUUCUCUUCCCCGUGCCCAAUAAUAAAAUCUGUGUGUGGGCAGGGUCUGUCUCUGAAGUACUCCUCACAAGGA